AUGUCGACGGAACCCAAAAAGUUCGGGGAUCGUAUGGUCAUCAAAGAUGACUGGGUCUCAGGCGACAACAAGAAGCCAGAAGCUUACCGAGGUCUUUACGAACAUCUCGUGAAGAAAGAAAUGGACUUCGGGAUUAACCCUGACAGACCAGGCAAAGCGAAGGUUGAAGAAAGAUUCAACAGAGAGGCUUACCUGCAGGCCAUGAUGACCGAUCCUGAUUCGCGCGUUUCUGCUACUACUAAGCUCUACACUCACUGGCGCUUUUAUAUGGACUUGUUCCAUGCAGGAGACCUUCACGGAAUCCUCGCAUCCCAUGCCGUGAGUGAGGAUGAUACAAAGAACCCGAUCCCCGAGCCGAUCCCCGAGCCCUUUAACUGGUUGGUCUUCACCUGUAUCGCCGAAGCUCUAGUGCAGUCGGAGAGAGUCGUACUGACAAGACCCAACGCACGUCAAGAACAAGUUGAAGUCAUCACGUUUGUCGACAUGAAGCCACCCAACAUGCUGCCGGACGUCACACGAAGAGACAACUAUCCAGUCUACCCUAAACCUUUAAUGUCCGACUUUGGCGCAGCCCACAUCCUCUACAAGGAAGAUCCACGGCAAAACAGGCAACAUGAAAAGCCUUAUUCUCACGGAGCCACGGUUGGUUUCUUUGCUCCGGAGAUGGUCAAACGCGACAUAGUAUUCAAAACGAAUAAUCAAGCGAUUGAGAAACCUCUGCACUCUUGGACCAAUGUCUGGCAAGCCGGUCGAACUAUCGAGUCCAUGAUGUAUCUAAGAACUGUCGUAAGAGAAGGCCAGGAUGAGAUAUGUAUUGAGGACUGUCCUAUCAAGGACAAAGAUCCGAUCGACAUCAAAGGAUUUCCCGACUUCAAGUACAGCGACGAUCCCAUUGAUCUUGUUUGGCGUUGCCAGCGCUUCGAACCGGAAUCAAGGCCUACUACGACUGAGCUACUGGAACUGGUUUCAGAACGUGCGCCCAAACAUGGCCGUGGCAUGGACACUUGGGCCGACGAGGAAAUAUACCCCAGGGAUGUACGCUCAACUUAA